GGUCACUUGUGAAAUAUUCCGGAUGAAAGCCCAGAGUUUGAAUCUGAAGUGGAGGUAGAGUCAACAGAGGAUCCGAGGAAAAAGGCGAUGAAAGCUCUGAUCCUGUCUGAUGAGAACUUGCCCAUGACAAUAUCAAUCAAUGAAAGCCUCAGCUCGUACAUUGAGGAGAAAACAAGAGGACAGAGGGCAUGCAGCCUGUGGAGAGACCUGCACAAGGGGAGAAUAACUAGUUCCUUAUUUGGCGCAGUUCUAAGCUCUGGAACAAAUCCUGUCUCCUUAGUGAACCAGAUUGUGAAUGGUUCUAAUCUUGACAGGUACCAGACACUACCUCCACCAGUCCAGUGGGGAGUAGACAAGGAAGAGGAGGCUCUCAAGGACUACCUGACACUGCAAAAUGCUGUGACUGAUUUAACAACGGAGGCAUCUGGACUCACCAUCUACCCAACCAAUGCCUUUUUAGGAGCAUCUAGUGAUGGUUGGGUGCAUAAUAAAUCCAUGCCCGAGGGGAACCAAACAGGGGUUCUUGAGAUCAAAUGUCCAUACUCGAUCUCUGGAAAUGUUAUUACUGAUAAAGAGGUACAUGAGCUAGCAGGACAAGCUGGGUUCUGCUUGGAAAUUACCAAUGAAGGGCCUAGACUAAAUAGAAGUCAUAAAUAUUAUGCCCAAAUCCAAGGGGAAAUGGCAAUAAUGGGAUGUUCGUGGGGAGAUUUUGUUGUAUGGACCGCUGCCAGCCAAAGCAACUGCUUUGUUGAAAGAAUUAACUUUGAUGUUGAAUUUUGUUCUGCCAUGUUGCCAAAAUUAGUUGAAUUUUUUGUUAGUCACAUUUCACCCUUUUACACUAAACAUUAA